GCGGUCUGGGAGUCCCUGAGGGCGGCAGAACAUCUCCUCAUAGGUCAUCAUGUCCGAGUUCUAUCAGACAACAUAACAACUGUCUGCUACAUAAAGAGACAAGGGGGGACGAAGAAUCCUCAUCUCCAGCAGCUAGCGGAUCUCAUCUUCAGCUGGUCAGAGGAAAAGAUCUUAUCCAUUUCAGCCACACACCUGAAAGGAUCUCUCAAUCGCACAGCGGACUUUCUCAGCCGACAGUUAGUCAGGCCAGGGGAAUGGAAAUUGAACCAGGAGGUAUUCCAGUUGAUUUGCCAGCAGUGGGGGAGACCUCAGGUGGAUUUAUUCGCGUCCAGCAGAAAUACUCAGCUGGACUAUUUCUUCUCGCUAGACCCAAGAGGAGGACCACUGGCGGUGGAUGCUCUUUCCCAACCGUGGGACAUGAGUCUAGCCUACGCUUUUCCCCCACUUCUCCUCAUACCGCAGAUCCUGAAGAAAUUGAGAGGGUGCUCAUCCACGCUGAUUUUGAUAGCCCCAGCUUGGCCCAAGAGAGCCUGGUUUUCGGUUCUAAAGACUAUGUCCAUCAGGGAUCCAAUAUCCCUUCCAAAAAGACAGGAUCUUCUAUCGCAAGGUCCUCUGUUGCACCCCAACCUGGACAAACUGAACCUUACAGCAUGGAUCCUGAGAGGCAGACCUUAAGGAAUAAAGGACUCUCGGACAAGGAGGAAAGAUUCCAGAGGCUGGACGUUAGAAGAACAAUCCUAGCCUAUCUGGACAGAACCAGUUCCUGGAGGAGAUCAAGUAAUCUGUUCAUCCAGUUCGGUGGGAAAAAUAGAGGCUUGAAAGCAUCAAAACAGACGCUGGCACGGUGGAUUAAGGACACCAUCAGAGAAACAUACAGACUGCAGGAGAUGGCCUGCCCCUUAAAUCUGAAGGCACAUUCCACGAGAGCGAUGGCAACUUCCUGGGCUGAAAGGGCCGACGCUACAGUUGACCAGAUUUGCAAGGCUGCAACCUGGUCUAACUUCCUGACUUUUGCCAAGCAUUAUAGGCUUGAUGUAUUGGCCGGACAGGACUUGGCCUUUGGGCGAAAAGUCCUUCAGGCAGUAGUCCCCCCCCCCUAGGAGAUUCAGUUGUUAGUUCUCCAUGGGUGCUGUCAUGGAGGGACGUCCUGGAAAUACUGGUUUAGUUUACCGGUAAAUCCUUUUCCAGGAGUCCGACAUGACAGCACCCUGUACUACCCUCCCUGUUAUGCUGGUUCCAGCCUUGUAAGCAGUGUGAAUAUAACAUUGUAUUAAUAAAGGUGUUGGAUCCUAUCCGGUGUAGU